AUGGCUUCACACAACUCAUUAGAGAAGGCGGAAGUCGCCGAAAGUGAUACUGUUCACCAGGAACAGGUGCGCAGACCUUCCAGCCGAAAUGAUGAAAUUGGUCGGAUUGAUGCGAUGGCGCAAGCACCUGGAGUCACCAGGCAGUCUUUUGCGCAUCUGGACGAGAAGAAAAUUCUUCGCAAGAUGGAUUUGCGCUUGAUCCCAAUGCUGGCUCUGCUUUAUCUCCUGUCCUUCUUAGAUCGUGGAAAUAUCGGUAAUGCCAAGAUCGAAGGGCUCCAAGAAGACCUAGGAAUGACGGCAGACCAAUACAAUUGGUGUCUUACGGUAUUUUUCUUCAGCUACGCUUUCUUCGAGGUGCCGAGCAAUCUUCUCUUGAAGAAGCUUCGUCCCAGUCGAUGGCUGCCUUUGAUCAUGGUGGCGUGGGGAACAGUCAUGACGCUGAUGGGUAUUGUUCGGAGCUACAGGGGUUUACUUGCUGCUCGGUUCUUCCUUGGGGUCGCCGAAGCUGGUCUAUAUCCUGGCUGCGCCUACUAUGUGCUUACUAUGUGGUACUGUCGACACGAGAUUCAGUUGAGACAGGCUAUGUUCUUCUCUGCGGCCUCCGUAGCUGGCGCUUUUAGUGGCCUGCUAGCUUUCGGUAUCUCGCACAUGGAUGGUGUGGGAAAUUUGGAAGGCUGGCGAUGGAUCUUCAUUCUAGAAGGUAUUGUCACAGUUGUAGUUGCGGGGCUCGCAUUCCUAGUUUUACACGACUUUCCCGAAACCGCCAAGUUUCUAACGGAAGAAGAAAGAGCCUUUGUUGUAUGGCGUCUGAAGUAUGGACAGGACAAGCAAGCAACACAAGAAGGUCGAAAGUCUGUUGCUGAAGCAGAAGAAUUCCAGUGGGGAUAUGUUUGGCAGGCGUUUCGUGAUUGGCAGAUCUGGACCAAUAUAUUCGUCUACUGGGGGAUUGUAUGUCCUCUCUAUGGUAUCAGUCUAUUCCUCCCGACUAUCAUCGCAAAUCUGGGUUAUACCUCAAGCACUGCGCAACUGUUGACAGUGCCUAUUUAUAUCACGGCUGCCAUUCUAGCAGUGAUCUUCGCUUAUCUAUCUGAUCGCAUUGGGAAAAGAAGCCCGUUCGUGAUUACAUUCCUCUUUAUGAUGAUUGUCGGAUUUGCUAUGUGCAUUUCUUCUUCGAACCCAAAGGUUGUAUACGGAGGUGUCUUCGUCGCGACAUGUGCUAUAUACCCAUCCUUCCCUGGAAACAUUGCAUGGCUCAGCAAUAACCUGGCUGGCGGUUAUAAGCGUGCAGCCGGAAUGGCCAUACAAAUCGGAGUUGGCAAUCUUGGAGGAGCUAUGGCUUCGAACUUUUAUCGUUCGCGCGACAAGCCACGAUACAUUCUUGGGCAUGCUUUAGAGUUGGGUUUCAUAUCCCUUGGGAUUAUCGCUGCAUUCAUACAAGUCUUGCUGUAUACUGCGAUUAACAAGAAGCGCGCACGCAUCAUGCGGGAAGGCGGAGAUCAGCUCAGUCAGAAGGAGCUUGCUACCAUGGGGGACAAGGCACCGACGUUCAGAUAUGUGUAUUAA